CAGUAGCAGUCUUUGCGCCAUACUUACGCGGAGUGUUUCAGGGCUCCGUUGCCAUUUGUAGAUCUUGCACAGUUGAUUCAUUUCGAAACCGGCGAGGGCUGUUGUGAGCUGAGCGUUGCAGCAAUGGCAUCGGGCGGCGCAUUUCUACUGCGAUUCGUCGUUCCCCUGACCAUGUUCGUGAUCGCCCUUGGAGAGGCGCGUGCGUUACCGGCCCAGGAGAACACUACCCCAUUGAUAGUGGUCGUAACUAUCCCGACGGCACAACAAACCACCACGUACUCCCCGAUGGCGGACGUCGGAAGUUUGGCGCAGGGUGCCGCUGGAUUCGUCGGCCAAGUGUGGAACACUGGCACACGUUUCGGUGGGGAGCUUACACGCCGUAUCUUUGGAUCUUUGGCAGUGAGAAAAUAAAUUCCAGAGCUAAACUUCAAACCAAUUCAAGC